AUGUUCAGCUGCGGUGGUGCCCGCAGUGAGGGAUACGUGCAGGAGCUCUUCCAUGAGGAAGCACAGCAGGUAUCUCAAACACAGACCAAGCCCUGGUGGAAGAUCCAGCUGUUUGUAUGGGAGCCAGUGCUCUUUGGAACGUGGGAUGGGGUCUUCACCUCCUGCAUGAUCAACAUUUUUGGAGUGGUUCUUUUCCUGAGGACGGGAUGGCUUGUGGGAAACACUGGCAUUGUAAUGGGCAUGUUUCUGGUGUCCUUUGUCAUUCUGGUUGCCCUGGUGACAGUCUUGUCUGGAAUUGGGGUGUGUGAGAAGUGCAGCAUUGGAAGUGGGGGAGUCUACUCCAUGAUCUCUACUGUCCUUGGAGGUCAAGUCGGGGGCACCAUUGGCCUCCUUUACAUUUUUGGCCAGUGUGUUGCAGGUGCCAUGUACAUCACUGGCUUUGCAGAGUCCAUUGCAGGGGUGCUGAGCCUCAGCAACAUCUGGGCAGUGCGUGGCGUCUCCCUGGCCGUCCUGCUGGGCCUGCUGGGGAUCAACCUGGCUGGGGUGAAGUGGAUCAUCAGGCUGCAGCUCCUGCUGCUCUUCCUGCUGGCUGUCUCCACACUGGACUUUGUCAUUGGGUCCUUUACACACCUUGAUCCAGAGCAUGGCUUCGUUGGCUACUCCCCAGAGCUGAUGUUCAACAACACCCUGCCAGACUACAGCCAGGGGGAGUCCUUCUUCACCGUUUUUGGAGUGUUUUUCCCGGCUGCCACAGGUGUGAUGGCCGGGUUCAAUAUGAGUGGAGAUCUCCAGAAGCCUUCUUCCAACAUCCCUCUGGGGUCUCUGGCUGCUAUUGGCACCUCGUGGUUCCUGUACAUGGUCUUUGUUUUCUUGCUGGGAGCCAUUUGUACCCGGCAGUCGCUCCGCUAUGACUUCAUGAUAGCAGAGAAGGUAUCCUUGGUGGGGUUUUUGUUUUUGCUGGGGCUGUACAUCUCCUCCCUGGCCUCCUGCAUGGGAGGGCUGUACGGAGCACCCCGGAUCCUGCAGUGCAUUGCCCAGGAGAAUGUGAUCCCCAUGCUGGCCUUCCUUGGACGUGGGAAAGGCCCUAACAAGACUCCAGUGGCUGCGAUUUGCUUAACAAGUCUCAUCACCAUGGCUUUUGUCUUCAUUGGGCAAGUGAAUGUUCUUGCUCCCAUAGUCACCAUCAACUUCAUGCUGACAUAUAUUGCUGUGGACUAUUCCUAUUUCUCAAUAUCCUUGAGCUACACCAUUCAGCAGAAACCUGAGGAGAGCCAGAUGGGAGCUGCUAGACCUGCUCACUCCUCCCAGCCUUUAAUUGUCAACAAGCCCCCCAGCCGUGCAGCAGAUGGGGUAAUUCAAAGCAGAUCAAAUGGCACCUUGCUAGAAUUCAAAAAAGACAUGGACCAGAUUUUUAAACCAUUUUUUAGUGAGCCAAGUACUUGCAAAAGAGAAGGAGCUGAGAAUUUAACCCAAAAGGGCAAGCUAAAGAAGGCGAGGAAGCCAGCCAAGCAGACAUUACAAGACAGCUUUCUCCUGGAUCUCCAUCAGGAUGCUCCCCUGGCUCAGAACAGCUGGGAUGAGACCACAGAGCCCCAUGGGAGGCAGCAGGACGUGGAUGAGCAGGGUGAUCAGUGGGAUGCAGGUCUGGGCUCAUCACCCCCUGCGGAUGCCCAGCACAUACCCAGGAGGAUGGAGCAGAGGGAAGAGCCCUGCAGUGAAGUGAUGAUGCUCCCUGGCCCAGGGGGAGAAGAAUCAUCUAUAAAACAACAAAAUCAAGAACUGGGAAUUCAGCAAAUACCAGAAACUUUCUACUCCAGAUUUUUCAGUCACUGGAUUUCCUUUGCUGGUGCAGUUGUGUCCCUCAUCAUAAUGUUUGUCAUUCAGUGGAUCUACACCCUGGUCAGCCUGGGAGCAGCAGUUAUUCUGUAUUUCUACAUUGGCCAAGUCAGCCCAGGACUCCCUCUUGGAGCAGCAGCAAAUUUCAGUUUCUUUGGCUGGAUUAAGUCGGUUUUGAUCUCUUCAUGCAGGAGAAGGCCAGCUCCCAGGGAGCAGAUCGUGGUGACACCAUCCUUUGCUACAGUUGGCAUGGAGACCAGGCAGCUCACCGAGGAGAACGCAGACUUCGCCUCGCGGGACCGCUACCACCAGUCCUCGCUCAUCAGCAGAGAGGAAUUUGGGAGCCAGUUCCAGUGAAGGACACACACACACACACAAAAAUCAAUCCAUUACUUCAAAAAGCAUUUAGAAGUGCUAAUGGCUGCCACGGGUGCCUUUUGAAAUACUUGAAUGUACGCACAAAGGAUGUGAAUUGCUAUUUAUGUAUUUGAGGCUUGUUUGUUUAUGCAAGCCACAGCAUUGCUGGGCUUCAAACCUUACCCAA